GGUAAUAAAUAUAUUAAAAUGGGUGAAAUAGAGCUAGAUUUUGAGAUGGAUGAUUUGGAAAACAAUAUUAUGGAAGAAGACGAAACGAUAAUAAAAUUAAAAAAAGAAUUAUGGAACAUGCAAGAAUGUCGUCGAAAGGAAAGUAUUGAACAAGAAAAGUCCUUGGUGACGUUGAAAAAAGAGAUUGACUUACUGAAAGAGGGGCGUGACAAGGAAAUUGCAGAUCAUGCCGACGCUUUGCGUCAAAUGAAAAAAGAAAUGCGAAGUUUAAAAGAAGAGAAAAGAAGGGAACGUAAGUGUCAUUAUACGUUUCUAUUAGAUAAAAUGAAAACACAUGACUAUAAACUCAUGUGUGUACAUCAUUGAUCAUUUUUAUUACCUAAGAAUGACCUAAAAUUUCAGUGUUUUAAUGACAACAUCGUAGACUGUUGCGAAAUCUUUUAACGUCAUCAUUCAAACUUUCUUAAAAACGUUCUAUCAACAAGCAUAAAUUUCAUGGUGAAAAAGGACAACUUAAAUCAGCACAUUUCAUGACUUUACAGUGCAGAUAUUAUAUUAUGUCGAGCAAUUUAAUUUUUAAUUUUAAUUACUUUCACAACUUACCUAAAGAGAUCAAUCAUAAUUACAAAUUUCAAUUGUUACUUAAAUAGUAAGUAGUAAGUAACAUAAAAUUGAGGACACCGUUAGCACUUGCACGUAAAAUCUUUGAUUAUUAGAAGUUUAAUUUUUUUCAGAAAAGGAAAAAGAGAACGACGAGCUUCGUGCUCGCUACAAAGAAUAUAGGGAUGAGAACCCUGGUCCAAAAUCUGAAAGAUCGUUUCAGUUUUGGAAACAUAAUGGGUAUAAAGACAGUGAAAAAUUCAAAAGGAGCUGGAAGAAACAACUAAAUAAAAAAACUACCACCAGCAUUACAACUAAUGAUAAACAAACACAGUUCCCCGAAACACAAGAGCGAAGUCGACCCUGCACUGUUGUGUCUAAUUGCCAUGACGGAACUAUCACUUUUCAU